AUGUAUGGCCAAAUGGUUCAAAGGCGCAAUCUACCACCAAGAAUCCAGCCGGCGUUUCAAUACCAUCAAGUAGCUUCCGCAGUUUCACUGAUGGUGCAAGAACAAGACCACGAUGGGGAUACGGUCCUGGAGCUGGAGCUCCCAGACUCCCCCCUCUGCAUUACACCUGAUGAAAAGGAGUAUGCUUACUACGUUUUCGAAGAUCUCAAGCAUGAACGUAACCGAAGCUCCGAGGGUGCUGCGAGAAGAGAGUGUACUCGGUGGCAACGAGCUGCUCAGGUGGAUUCAUACCCAAGUCUCAAAACGAAAACCAACCUCCUGGUUUCAAUGGACAAGCUUCGAUCGGCUACGAAGUAUUUUGAGCGUCAAUUCUCUCGUAAUAUACCGAUCAUGGACGUUAGCAUCGAAUGUGAAAGCGGCCUGGGAGGUACGAGGAGGAUGUUGAACGUCGUCUCGGCCUGUGGAUGGGAUGAGAGAGCCAUGAUGAUUCUCAUGACGGCUAUACACGCCGAACAUAACAUCUCUUUUGAGGAGUUGAGCAGGCUACCUCCAUCCCGAGAUUACCUUCAUACGGAUUUCGAACUAGCUCUGAUGCUAGAGUAUUAUGGAUGCCAUGACGAGUUGAGGAGAACGACAGCCCCCCUCACCUUGGCCUUGGGAAUGCAACGCCCGAACAAAAUGAAAAUGUCUCACUCCCUCAGGAAAUAUGCGACGAUUGCUUGUGUCUUCAAGGACGUGGAUCUGGUCCAGAAGGUGUUUUCCACACUCGUCCGCGAAAGCAAUUGCCCUUUCGAUCCGUACAACCUACCGAUCAGCACCAAUUUACUUGCUCGCCGAGCAUGGGAGAAUGAACAUCCGGCCAUUUCCAUUGGACCAUCCGAUAGCAAGAGUCCUGAUGGCAAGAGUAUUGCCUUGUUCAAAAGCUACAGGUCGAUGCGGCGUCUGGUUGGCGUUCAGGCCCGGUGUGAGGGAGGAGGGAAGAAGUGUGUUCUGUACAUGCACUUGAGCUCAGUGCGCAGUAAAUGUGCAACGAUGAUCUCUACAGCCUCCAAGCGCGCAGUAGCUGAGAUCUCCGAGGAGAGAGGCUCGUGGGUUGAUCCGUUCGAGGACUAG